AUGUCCAUAGCUACGCCAACCGCAAUCCCAAGAGAUCCCAUCAUUCCUCUUGUACUCCCAAAAGCUCCACAGCCAAAUUCUCUUCCUUUGCCAAAGUCCAGUCACUCUCCUGAGCGCAUGAAUCGUCGCCGCAAUCUACAACGCGAGAUGGAUGAUUUGAGUGAUGAGGAGAACGAGCUUGAAGAUGCUAAUACACUUAUACGGAUGAGAGGGUACAACUGGCUAAUACCUAUCGGACGACGUACAACGCAACAAGAAGAAAAGAAUGAUGCGGAGGACGAGACAGAUGAGUCUGAGGCAGGUCAGUCUGGUGCACCCGCUUCUUCUCUGAUAGGGGAAGGAGAUGGGGAAGGAGAAAAUGACUCUUCCCCUGAUCUCGACGCCAGCAUGGAGGAUAUGGAUGAAGGUGAUAUAACGGGGGAGACCGAGGAGGGCCUUACAGAGUAUGAGGAAGAACCAUCAGAUAUGUAA